GUCGGACUGUCCGCUCAUCGGUAUCGUCAUGUCCCCGUUACCCACUCCUUCGCGAACCGUAGAAUCCAAGUUCUUCUCUCCUAAUAGUAAGAAAUCGCCAUCAGGAGCCUCCUCCGCUGGCGAGCCCCCGACCAAGAAACAGAAAGUAACACAUGGCACUACGGGCAACGGGGGCCCUGCUCCUCUCAGCAGAGCUACCAGUGAUAGCUCCUUUGACUCUUUCAUGGCAAUGGUCAACCCCGGUGCUAAGAAACCGACCGCGAAGAAGUCCGUUGCGAGGAAAUCGGUUUCCAAGAAAUCUGUCACAACACGACCGACACAGGAAAUACGCAGAAAAUCUUCUCUUAAUCCAAGACAGAGCGGGAACGAAACUGAAAACGAAGACGAGGACGCUGACAACCACAAAGCCUACACGGAUCUGCAAAUUCAGGUCAAAACGAUACGGGACCAAAACCCGAAUGCAGUCCUCAUGGUCCACGUUGGCCAUAAGUACAAGUUCUUCGGGGAAGAUGCGAAGGUGGCCGAGAACGUGCUGGGGAUGAAAACUUGGAUAGAGAAAGGAGAAUUGUGCGCUUCUGUGCCGCAACACAGACGGGACGUGCAUCUGCGGACACUUGUAUACCGAGGAUAUCGAGUCGGGAUUGUGCAACAAGUUGAAACUGCUGCACUGCACAAAGCGGGGAGCAACCGGAACAAAGUUUUCGAGCGCCGUUUAACGAAGAUGGUCACCUCAACGACUUACAUCGACGAAAUCGAUUCUACCGAGCUCACAGCACCUUCGUUCUUGUGUAUCGUGGAGGAAGUCUCAGGCUCGCGGGACAGAGUCAAGGUCGCCAUUGUUUCAAUAUCGGUUCAUGACGGGGAGAUUAUAUAUGACGCUUUUGAGGAUGUGCCGAUGAGAACCGAGCUCGAUGUCCGUUGCUUUGAUUCCGUUCCGCAGACGUGUAAUGAUCUCCAGGCAAGGCUUGCUCAUUUGCAGCCGACCGAAAUUAUCUAUCCUCGCAAUCGAUUGUCGACGCCGACUGAGAAGAUGAUCACCCAUCGCAUACAAUUCACAAAUGACCACGGCGGUUCUGCUCGCAUAGAACCUUUCGACGAACUCGUCUCCUACAGUGAUGCAUUUGACGUGAUAUCGGACCUCUGCUCUGGCUCGGAACUCCUGGCAGAGAUGACAGGAUUGCCUCGUCCUGUGGUUGUUGCCCUGGGCUGCACUAUCAAACACCUGGCGUCAUCCGAAAUAGUCUCUACCCUUUGCCGUGUCAAACUCAGCCGGUUUACAUCGCGGAUUCACAUGCUUCUGGCUGCUAACACUCUGUCCAACCUGGAGAUCUUUGAAAACGACACGGAUCACACCCGCCGCGGGUCACUUCUUUCUCUGCUUGAUCGGACCGAAACCCAAUUUGGGUCGAGGUUGCUCAAAUCUUGGAUUGGGAAGCCAUUGGUAGACAAAAGAGCACUCCAAGAGAGGAUCGAUGCAGUGGACGAAAUCGUGAACAGCAACUCAGACAAGUUCAUCCUCCUGCGACAGGCCCUCUCAAAGUUGCCGGAUCUGAUGAGAGGGCUCAGCCGGGUUCAAUCCCUACAGUGCACGCCUAAUGAAUUAGUCAUCAUCCUCACUGCCUUCCAAAAGCUUGGUCGGAUUUUCCCUGCGACAAUCGUCGAGGAAGACACCCAAGUAAAAUCGCGAAUGCUGAACGAAAUCCUGUACGCGUUGCCGCCGCUUGCGAAACCGGCGCAGCAGCUGUUGAAUUGCAUCCACCUAAAGAUGGCGAAGGAGGGCAAUAAGGAGCUGAUGUGGGUUGACCCUGGAAAAUAUCCUGAUAUACAAAAAGCCGCAGAUGAAGUGAGGGACUUUGAGUCGCAGAUCGGCCGCGAACAGGAUGCUGGCGAACUCGAAUUCAAAACAAUUUGGGACGAGGAGUAUGUGAUCGAGAUGCCCAAAACAUUCAAAGCACCCGAGAGUUGGCUCACAGUCAACUCGUCCAAGAGUUUCAAACGAUACCGCACUCCUGCUGUCGCACAAAUCUUGGAGGAGCGCGCACAAAGUCACGAAAGGAUGAUGGUAUGCUCUGACGGGUAUAUCCGCGGACAGCCGUUGAUGAUGCUCCAGAUUGCAGCGAAUGAAGCAUAUCAGGUCUUUCUGAAAGACGAUGUGAUGGAGCACUACCCCGUUCUGCGACAUGCAGUCGAGAAGCUGGCUCAGGCCGACUGUCUGACAUCUCUCGCUCAUGUCGCGACCCAGCAAGAUUUCACCAAACCUAAAUUCGUUGAAGACGGGGAUGUGCUCGAGAUGAUUGAUGGGCGACAUCCGAUGGUCGAAGUCUCGCGACCGGAUCCGUUCGUGCCAAAUUCGAUCUCCUUCAGUCGAGGUCGCUGCAAAGUCGUUUCAGGUCCCAAUAUGGGAGGGAAGAGCACCUGUGUCCGGACAGUGGCGCUGUUGUCUGUGAUGGCCCAGAUUGGGAGCUACGUUCCGGCCAAGUCCUUCAAACUGAGCAUGCUCGAUGCGGUUCUAACGCGGAUGGGCGCUUCCGAUGACAUCGUCAGAGGCCGCUCGACGUUUAUGGUCGAAAUGGCGGAGACGAGUGAGAUUCUGCGCACAGCCACGUCUCGCAGUCUGGUCGUCUUGGAUGAGCUCGGCCGAGGGACGUCCACAUUCGAUGGGAUGGCUAUAGCUCACGCUACCCUGGAGGAGUUGAUUUCCACCAAUCUCCACGUCGGCUAUCGCGCUGAGGAGCAACGCAAGCGGGAUGGGAAGCGUGAUGUCACAUUCCUGUACAGAUUGGAGGACGGGAUAGCGCAAGGCAAGUGCCCUAUGCUUAAAAUGAUAACCUCAGCUCGAUUGACGCUUUGGGCAGAAUCAUUUGGGGUGGAAUGUGCUCGACUGGCUGGUCUGCCGGAAGAGAUCCUUCAAGUUGCUACCAAAAAGUCUGCGGACAUGGAGACGACGGUGAUCGCCCGGAUGAGACGUAGAAUGGUGCUCAAGAGAGUGGACGUCUUGAAGGCUGUUCUGGAAGAGCACUACCCGAUGGCGAGAAGAAGACACACAGCCUUGAAGGGACAUAUCUAG